AUGCGACUAUCCGUCUACUGGUUUGGGUGCGUGGCACUUUUAUGUCUCCUCAUGGGUGGAGAAGUGUGGUGCGAUUGUACUGAAGACAACAUGCAAAUAGAGGGAGGUACAUACACCUUGACCAAGGGGUUAAAUGCAAGCAGUUUGCUGAUCUAUCACUGUCCUGAGGGUUACUAUCCAUAUCCCUCCAAAAAGCGAGUUUGUCAACUCAAUGGCAAAUGGAAGGAAGAACCCAGCAUCUUUAGGCCUCAAACAUGCAGGAUGGUGGAGUGCCCGAGCCCAUUUGUGCUCAUGCACGGCAUUGUCAAUCCUCCUCAGGAGAAAUAUUAUGUAGACAACGAGACCACGUAUGAGUGCUACUCUGGCUACACCUUGCGAGGCUCGGAUAGGCGGGUCUGCUUACCUAACGGCAAGUGGAGUGGUUCCACUCCCAUCUGCAGCCGUGACUCAGGAAGUGAUUGUGCUGAUCCUGGGAUCCCAGCCGGGGCCUCAAGAACCGGGAAUUUGUUCAGACUAGACGACAAAGUGAAAUACAGCUGCAAUGGCAAUCUGUUUCUGGUUGGCUCCCAUGAGCGAGUGUGCCUGGAGAAUGGCCAGUGGACGGGCACCGAACCAGCUUGCUACUACGAUUACACGUAUGAUACUCCACUGGAAGUUUCAGAGGCUUUCGGCAGUGCAAUUAAAGGAAGCCUUACCACUUUGGACCCUACAGAUGACACACAGGAGGGCAGAAAAAUCCGGAUUUCCAAAACAGGAAAACUCAACAUCUACAUUGGUGUGGACAUUUCAGAGAGCAUUGAAGAAAAAUAUUUAAAUGACGCCAGAGAUACUGUAACCAAACUUAUCACCAAGAUUUCAUCUUUUCCCAUCUCGCCAAACUAUGAGAUCGUGUUCUUCUCCUCGGAUAUUUACGAAGUUGUCAACAUUCUCGAUUUUUUGGAUGGCAAGGCUCAGUUGAAUCUGGUGAAGACGCAGUUGGAGAACUUUAAAGUAGGAAGUAGAAACACCGCCGGAACGGAUCUGAACUUGGCCUUUGCGACCUUUUUGGAAAGAAUGGCUCUUAUAAAACAGCGAACUGGGGAAGAUGGCUUUAAGGAGCACCGUCAUGUGAUCAUUCUUUUUACAGACGGUGCGUACAACAUGGGUGGAUCACCUGAUGCCACAGUGGAAAAAAUAAAGAACAUGGUGUACAUGGACCCUAAUUAUAGGCAGAAAGAGCCAUUGAGAGCAGAUUAUCUGGAUAUUUACAUUUUUGCUAUUGGGGCGGAGGUCUUCGACGACGACUUGAAGCAUCUGGUCGUUGGGCUGGGCGGCCAGCAUUACUUCAGGAUGAAGGACAUCAAAAAAUUGCAAAAGACUUUUGAUGAAAUUAUUGAUGAAGAGGAAGUCAAAGGCUUAUGUGGUCUUCAUAAGGAUUAUGACACCAACAAAGAAAGGGAGAACUAUCCAUGGGCAGCGCAAAUUGUUGUCCAGAACGAAGGUCGGGUCAUGAGAUGUAUGGGCUCUCUGGUCACGCCCAUGUUUAUCUUGACCGCCGCCCACUGCUUCACAUUUGAUGAUCUGCCCAAACACGUCACGGUGGAUAUCGACGACGGACAGGGCAGAACAAAAAGAGUAAAGAAUUUCUUCUUACACCCAAAGUUCAAUGUCAGUGCUAAAGUCAACGAGGGCGUGAAAGAGUUUUAUGACUACGAUGUCGCUCUCAUCCAACUUAAAGAAUUUGUGAAAAUUUCCACUCUGGUCAGACCCAUUUGCAUACCCUGCACACAGGAGACAAGCGACGGUCUAAAACUUGUUGGUGAAUCUACGUGUGCACAACAAGAACAACUUCUGCUAAAAAACAUGGAGAAACUUACUUUCCUGACACGUAGAGGCAAAUGGGUGGACGAAAAACACGUCCACGCUAAACUUGGAGAUAACAGGGAUGAAUGCAUUAGACAUGCAUUGGAUGCCGCGGGAAUCACAACGCAGAACCCUGAGGUUCCUGUGACUGAAAACUUCUUAUGCACCGGAGGUCGAACUCCCUUCAGAGAUCAUAUAGCGUGUACAGGUGACUCUGGAGGCGCUGUGUUCAAGAACUACGAGCAUCGUACAGUGCAGAUCGGAGUGGUCAGCUGGGGAAGCCAAAAUUUGUGCAAGGGCGGCGGUGUGGUCGAGUCGCAGGAGAACUCCCGGGAUUUCCACAUCAAUGUUUUCAGGGUUGUACCUUUCCUCAAAUCUAUCCUUGGAAAUGAUAACCAGGAUGAUUUUGCACCAUUGGAGUUCUUGAAAAGUUAA